UUCUGGACUUUUGCUUAUGGGUUAAAAAUCUAAUCUUUUAAUUUUGAGUGUGAAUAAUUGUUGUGGUUCUGGGAAGUUCUGAUUUUGAAUAUUGGGUCCAAUUUGAUUGACCCUCUGUUGGUUCGAGAAAAUUGAGGAAAGAAUAGGAAAUCCUCCCUAUUUUUAAAGUUAGGAUUUGGCUUACCUCCCGUUCCAGUUGGACUGCUUGAUGCCCUGUUUGGUGUUGAGAAAAAGUAGGCCAAAGAAAAUUAUCGAUGUUUUGAAUUUUAGUGUAAUAAUAUAAUCAAUUAUGAGGAUCAAGAAAGGGAGUAAAGUGGAAGUCUUAAGCAAGGAAGAGUUGCCUUCAGGCUUCUGGCGUUGUGCUGAGAUCAUCUCUGGUAAUGGCCACAACUACACAGUUAGAUAUGACGGGUACAAGGCUGCCCAUGGUGGGACAGUUGUGGAAAGGGUAUCCAGGAAGUCCGUUAGGCCUUUUCCUCCUCCACUUGAAGUUUCUGAGAACUGGGUUGCUGGCGAUGUUGUGGAGGUGUUUGAUAAUUUUUCUUGGAAAAUGGCCACUGUUUCCCAGGUAUUGGGGGAUAAUUACUUUUUGGUCAGGUUACUUGGAUCCUCUCUGAAAUUGGAAGUCUUCAGGCUUGACCUUCGGGUGAGACAGUCUUGGCAAGAUGACAAAUGGGUUGUGAUCGGAAAGGGUUCUGGCAAUUUUGAAGAUGUGAAAGGUGAUAAAAAUCGAAUUCUGAAGUGCAAGCUAAACUUAAGCUCCCGAGUUGAGAAUCCAAACACAAGGAUGAAUGUACGUGUAAAAGAAGACUGUUUUCCUGUUAAGAACAGAGUGACUUUCCAGGAAUCCCAUGAUGUUUCUUCUAAAACUUUGAAGAGAGGGUCAGCCUAUUGCCAUUCUCAAGCUGAGUUAUGUACCAGAGUUGCCCAGAAAUUCAGAGCAAUAGAGAAAGAAGGCAGGUGUCACAGAGUAGAAGCUGCCAAUUCGUCCACAUUGCCCAUGCAGGUAGAAGAUGCUGUUGCUUUCCCAAGAGAGAUGCUGGGUGAAAACUUCAUCAAUGCUUCCUCUAACAACAGAACAACUGGGGUUUCUGAAGUGGAUAUAGAAAGGAGGAAAUCAACUGGCACUUUUGGGUGUUCAUAUGCAAACUUUGAAUCAAAUUUUGGUAAUGGUGUUACAUGCUCUGUUGGUAGCUGUAGCAUCACUAGCAGCAGUUCCUAUAAGUUGCCUCAUAAUGUUUCUUCAGGUUAUAUUAAGGAUGAUGAUGACCAUUCUAGUGAUGCUGAAUCUUUUUCUCGGUUGGGAGAUGAGGAAGGAAAUUGUCUCCUUACUACAAAAGAGGAACUAGCAGCUGAAAUACAUAGGUUAGAGUUGCAUGCCUACCGUUGCACUAUAGAGGCAUUGCAUGCAUCAGGACCUUUAAGUUGGGAACAGGAAGAAAUGGUGACAAAUCUUCGUAUUUCACUCCAUAUAUCCAAUGAUGAACAUUUGAUGGAGCUAAGAAACUUGGUUUCUGAUACCUGCAUUCGUAUUAGAUGACAGGAAAAUCUGGGAAAUAUUUUCUUUCAGUUCAUUCUUUAUUCUAUCCUCUAGCUGUAGGAUCUGAUGAAAGUUUUCCUUUACGGCCUCACUACAUUGUAACAAGCAAGAUGAGACGUUUCCCUUUUCUUUUUCUUUUUUGUUUUGGUUUUACAAUUUACAAUAAAUUGUUGUCUAGUUUGAAGUGUAUCUACUACAAACAAUGCCAAGCAAUGAAUGUUUCUAAGCUCAUCCUUGUACAUCAAUUAUUUGCUCGCUUUCUAGUUUUAUAUCCAUGUGUUGUGGGAUUGAUCAUUUGAAUUCAAUUAUCUUUAUACUGCUGGCAAGGCAGUGUGAAAAAUUACAUUUGGGGACAUUAUUGAUGCUUCCCGUACCUUUUCCAGGGCUGAAGUAGGAGGCUUGUGCACCUCACUUCCAAAUUUCUGAGGAGGAUGUUGGGGUUUACCACCUAUCUCGGUCUAUUAGGGCAUCCGAUGAUGAACAGUUUAUUUCAUUAUAUUCUGCAGUCACUGGACUCUUCCAUUUCAGGCCACCUACGAGCCUUAGAUAUCAGUGCUGCUGAAGGAUGUGAGACCAGAAUCUUGUGGCUGCCACAGGAUGACCUGAUAUGUGGAUGCUUGACGGUUUUAUUUCAAGCCUUUGCUUCAGUUUGUUGUAGAUAACAUUGUUUGCCUGCUUAUGUGUGCUUGAUUCAUGAUAUGCUGUGAGUUGAUCACAUGAAAGUUUCCUAUUUUUUACACCCGAGUCUGAUACUCGAAAUUUCUGAAGCCUGGUUUGAUAGUCCUGCAACCCUUAUUGCUCACCAUUUAUGUGGCUUUACUAGAACAUAUUCACAGAUACUCGUAAAAAAAAACAUAAAGUGAUAUGCUUGGUACUCAUUACAUCAUCGUAAAAUGACAAGUUUUAAUAUCCAUCUUAGUGUUUCUUGAUUAUAUGAGAACCUUUUGGGCCCAUUUCAGAAGCCAUUGGCAAUGCUUGCAAGCUAUACUAUCUUUUGCCAGAUGACGAGGCUUAAAUUUUAAGCUGUGUUUUUAUGGAUCAUAAUUUUCAUGUUUUGGCAAAACUGAUAUUACUUAUUAGGUCUUGAUACUCAUUCAAAAGGUCAAUCCUCAUUAAUGUACUUGAUCAUUAGGCCUGAAGUUUGCACUUAAACAGGCAGUUGAUGCUCACGUUGAUGUGGAAUUUCCCAACUUGCAGUAUUUCUAUUAGAUUGUCCCUAGUUUUGUUAACAAAUUGAAAUUUUAGCCAAGGUUGACAGCUUCAAGCUCUUUGUAUAAACUGAUAAACAAGGAUGUUAUAUGAUCCACUGACCUUAUCCAGAAUCUUAUGUUAGGGUUGUUUCCAUGUGAAAUUUGUUGACGUGCAGCUCAGUAAGAAAUUGGAAAACUCCCCUGGUGAAGAAGGUAGCCACGUCCUGUUUUCUUUACUGCUUUGAUGGCUUAUCUUUCUUCAGUUCUUUCUAAUUAUUUCAUCUUUCUGAAUCAUUUUAAAUACACAUGAUCUAACUGAGAGUAUUGGUAGUCCUCAAUUUCUUUCUUUCUGGUAUAUGUGACUGCAGAUUCCCACACCUAGCAUGCACAUGGACCUUCUUUCACUUUAGUUCUGCUUGUUUUUCUUAAAUUUGUUAUUUAGUUUUGGGUUGAUACGCGAUAGUUAGCUGGAUUAAUUCCUGUUAUGCUUGAACCACCAUAGGAAAGGUUUGCUUACUGUUAGGAGGAUACAAACUUGAAAAUAUAACGCUCACUUGGUAGUUGGGUUUGCCAUACUGACUAAUAGGUACUUGUGGCACCCAAGAAUUGAGAAUUGAUGAAAAGUAACACCCUCAGUAAACAAACCUGGCUUUAUCGUGAUUUUGUUUCAACUCACUUUAAACAUAUUUUGUUGUGAAAUUCAAAGAUUAUAUAAACUGGUUUUUAGAAGCCGGAUCUGAUAUGUUUAUGGUUCCUGUUAGAAUGUACACAGCAGCUGCCAUCAAAGCAACACAUAUUAGCAAUGCAAGAUACGGGCCUUCACGGCUCAGCUAUACCUCAUCAGCAGAAUGUGGAAUCAAGAGAAGUUUCUAGAUUGAAUCCAAACGCAUGAGCUGUCAUUCUGUUAUGAUUUUCUGAACAAGUUUGUUAGGAUAAGAUUCUUUUAUUCCUUUUCAUUUUGCAAUGUAUAUGUACAUGCAUUACUGUAUUGUAAAUUCAUGACUAUGAAAAAUAUACACAGAAAGCAUUUUCUGCA